AAAAAAAAAAAAAAAAAACGAAGCAACUACUAUUUUUUUGAAUUGAAUUUUAUAUUUUCAAAAAUACUGGCCAACCAUAUGCUAAAUUGUGUUUUUGACUUUGUAUCAACUUCUGACUGGAUGUGAUGCUUUGAGAUAUACUUAAUUUUUAUUUUAUUUUAUUUUGCUGCCUAGAGGAAGAAUGAACAAUAUAUUAUGGGUUUAAGAGCCAUUGAUUUGAGUUAUAACUUUGCUAGUAACUGAAAUUUUACAACAAACUUCUUAUUAUGUACUACUGUUUUCAAUGAUCAAUUCUCAAAAGUUUCUCAUCCAAAUCUAUAUUUUUCAUCAAUCAUGACAUAGAUUAAUAACUACAAUGAUUUUCACCUUAAACAAGAAGCUUAGACCUCAUCCAAACUUUUUAUUUUUUAUUUUUUGAGAAAUCGACUUCAUCCAAACUUAAAUUGAUGAGAUAGCUACGAUUGGGAUGUUUCUAUUUGUGUUUAUUUGCAUUAGAUUAAUAGGUUGUGUCAAAGUUGUUUACAGGCCUUAAUUAUGAUUAGGGGUCCCCGUCCUCCCCACCAUAAACAGUCAACGCUAGAUCGUAUUACACUUGGAGGUAGUACCAGUAGCUUCCCCUACACCUGUCCUCCGCUUUAUCCUCAUAGUCAUGGCCACAGUUUUGGACCUAUUUGGUUUUGGACUCAACUAGUCCACUAAAUAUUCAUGAAAUGAUUUAAAAUAAAAAAUAAAAAAAAUAAAGGACAAAUUUGUAAAAUCACAGCCAGAGGUUACACUCUUUGGCUUCUAUAAAAGCUAUGACAAACUCGAUUUCUUCCUCGGCCGCACGAGUUCGAGAGACCAAACACAGUUGAUGUUUUCUUCAUCUCCUUCGAUCUGGAGUAAUAUGACUGUGAGACAGGUUGUUAGGGUUAAGAUACCCAACCUGACACACUUUUAUGGUUGUGAAAUUUCUCACAACCGGACUGUGAAGUGUGUCACUUUGGAUAUCUUGACCCUGACACCCAGGGUCACAAUUAUCCCCCGUUUACACGGGCUCUCAUCCACCAUCUUCCAGCCCAAGCCUGUUUGCCUCCCAAGAAAAUAGAUAAAGAAAAACUUAGUUUUUUAUUUUUAUUUUUUAAUUCUAUUGUUUCACGGUACUUUGAAUUUCGUUAAUGUUUGGUGCACUUUUUUUAUCUUUUUAAUGCAUAUUGGGUUUAUACGGGAGGGGUUGAUUUGCUUCUUUUCAUUCUGUUUUUACCGAUGAGCUAACUGAAACGGGCAGAUUUACUUGAGAAGAGAUUUUUAAUUAUUUUAAUAUUUUGGCUCCUAAGUGGAUGAGAAAUAUGAGAUCUCGUUCCGAUUUUCUUAGCUGAGGUAAUUGGAACUAGUAGAUUUACCAGAUUUUAAUUAUUUUUAAUAUUUUCUUCCUAAGUGGAAGAAAAGUAUGAGAACCGUAAUUUUUGUAUUUUAAUUUUUUUUUAAUUUUUUAUAGUUGAGAAAUAGAGUCAUACUUUGGAUAUUAAUAAAAAAUAAUAAGAAGAAUGGAGAGGUUAAUGUAACUUAAAGAUGGUUAGUUGAGUGAGUAGUGAAGGCUAUAUUAGAUAAUAGAAUAAUUGGUUAAUAUUAAUUAAAAAAUGAUCUAUUAAUAUAAUAUAAUUGAACCCAUUGAUUUAAGCUUUUGGGGUAGGUGAUGUUUCUAUACCUAAUUAUAAGUACUACUAAUUUGUUUUGAUAGUUCGAAAGAGUGGAUUUUCUUUGUGUCUUCUAUCUGUUUAUAGAAAUGCUUCAUGGUUCAUCUGAAAGUGCUAUAGAUAAAAGUAAAAGUUAGUUGAAAUAGUACCGUAAAACUUAUAAAUACUACUAAAAAUUGCAAUGAGGCCCAUAAAUAUUUGUAAAAAUAAGCUGAAUAGUGAAAUAAUUUUCAUUUUUCAUCCGUUCCCAAACGCAUACUAAGUAUGCUUAAGUUGAAAAUUUUGUUCAUAGCUUCAGGGAUGGUUGUUAGUUCCAGAUUUGAAAUGUAUCCUUGGCUUAUAAUUACUUAUUUGUAAUACUUGGCCGGUCCAUAUUCCCCUAGGCCCUCAUUUCUUUGAGAAUAUAUCCAGUUUUGGAGUUGAAGUACACAUCUCCUUCAUUAGUGUCAGAUCGAUUACUUGCUGAAAGUUGUAAUGUCAUUACUGCGUGGAAUAUUGAUUCUGUGGCCUAUAAGGGAGUCUGUGUUGCUUCUACACAUCAUUUCUAAGCGUUUCCUAUAUAAAAAGUAUGACCAGCUCUUUGUCACAUGGCUAAUGCAGAAAAUACAAGCUGGUAAAUUUUUUAACUCUGCUGUUUCCUUGCUUUUAUCUUGUCGUAUAUAAAUCCUCGAAGUCCCAUACUUUUUGUGCUCAACCAGCCAGUAGGAGAUGUCGGUGACACAAAAUCAAUGUCCCAGUGGUAUCAGGUGUUGAUGAUUGGACCUUCUCUAUGAGUUGAUUUACAUAGGAAAUCCAAUGCAGUAUUGUGAAUAAGGGUGUUCUUCUUUCUGGACCUCCUGGAACUGGGAAAACACUCUUUGCAAGGACAUUGGCAAAGGAAAGUGGUUGCCCUUUGUUUUUGCUUCUGGUGCAGAGUUUACAGAUGUUGAAAAAAGUGGUGCAGCACGGAUCAAUGAGAUGUUUUCUAUUGCAAGGAGAAAUGAUGAUGGACAUUUCUUGUCAAAACAAGGAUACCGUGAAUGAUUGUACCCCAAAGGUUGGUAUGGAGUUUGAUACGUUAGAGGCAGCUUGGAUGAUUUGGAAAAAUUAUGGAAAACAAAUGGGGUUUAGUGUUCGAAAGCAUUAUACAAAUAAAAGUAAGAUAGAUGGAGAAAUAACAUCGAGAAGAUUUUUGUGUUCUAAAGAGGGUAGUCAUAAGCCUGAUAAACGAGAUCAUCUGACCAGUCAACCUCGACAAGAAACAAGGACUAAUUGUCUAGUACGAUUGGGUGUUUCAUUAGUUCGUGAGACCGGAAAGUACAAGGUGUACGAUUUUGUAUCGGAGCACAACCAUGUUUUUCAUCUUGCAGCAACUACUUUCAUGAUGCGAUCAGAAUGAAAGAUGUCUAAUGUCCAAGCUUUUGCUAUUGAUUUAGCUUAUGCUUUUGGAAUUAAGCCUAAGGAGAUACAUGAGUUAAUGAGUAGAGAGGCUGAUGGAAGGGCUAAUCUUGGCUACACUGGAAUUGAUCAAAAAAACUAUCUUCGAACUAGAUGACAACGAAGCUUGAUAUAUGGUGAAGCCGGUAGUUUAUUAAGGUAUUUUCGACAACAAUUCAUAAUCCAUCAUUCCAUUAUGAUGUACAGUUGGAUAUCGAGAAGCAAAUAACUAAUAUAUUUUGGGCUGAUGCUAAAAUGAUAAUUGAUUAUGCCCAUUUUGGUGAUGUUUUUAGUUUUGACACUACAUUUGGCACAAACAAAGAAUUUAGACCUUUAGCUAUGCUUAUUGGUUUCAAUCACCAUAGAGAGAUGGUGAUUUUUGGGGCUGCACUUUAUACGAUGAGACAGCUGAAUCAUUCAAAUGGCUUUUUGAGAGUUUUUUAAAAGCAUAUGGUGGUAGAAAGCCUAAAUCUAUCUUUACUGAUCAAGAUUUUGCUAUUGCAAAGGCAUUAGCUGAGGUGAUGUCGGAGACCUGGCAUAGAUUAUGUACUUGACACGUAAUGCAAAAUGGAAUCAAGAAAUUGAGAAAUUUGAUGAAGGAUGGCUCAUUGUUCCUCCGAGACUUUAAAGACUACAUGUAUAAGUAUGAGAAUGAGAGUGAAUUUGAAGAAGCUUGGAAUAAAAUGAUUCAAACCUAUACAAUUAAGGAUCUUAGUUGGUUAAAUGGUAUAUACAAAUUGAAGGAAAAAUGGGCUAACUGUUACAUGAAGAGGGCAGUUACUUUGGGAAUGCGAAGUACCCAGCUUAGUGAAAGUUUGAAUGGGGAUUUGAAAGAUUACUUGAAAUCAGAUUUGAAUAUGGAUGAUUUUUUUGAGCAUUUUGAGAUGGUGGUAGGGCAGAAGCGGGAUAAAGAGUUAGAGGCUGAGUAUAAUGCUAGGGAAAAAUUACCUCAUUUGUGCUUGAAGAAUUCACCUUUAUUGAAGCAAGCAUCACAGGUGUAUACCUCUACAAUAUUUAAAGUGUUCCAAAAUGAGUAUGACUAUGCAUCAGCUGCAAUAAUAGAAGAUCGGAAUUGUAGCUAGCCAAUGCAUGAAUAUACUGUUGUGCUUUUUGAGAAAGUUGGAGAAUAUAAAGUAUUGUGUAGUCCUAUUAGUAGGACAAUCUCAUGCAGUUGUAGGAAGUUUGAAACAUUUGGGAUUUUGUGUUGUCAUGCUUUAAAGGUUUUUGACAUACUUGAUAUAAAGAUAAUUCCUGAUGCUUACAUUUUGAAGAGAUGGACAAGAGAAGCAAAAAAUGGGUAUGUCAUAGAUAGUAUUGGGAAGGAUGUCCAUGGGGAUGUUAACUUAAAAGUUACACAACUGUAUAGAAGAUUAUGUCCCAGGUUAGUUAGAUUAGCCUCACGAGCUGCUGAAAUCGAAGAAGCAUAUGCUUUGGUAGAGAGUGUUACAAAGGAAUUAGAAAAGCAGGUUGAAGAUAUUGCCAUGAAAUUUUCAAGUGUGAGUCUUGAUAAUUCUAAAGAUCAAAUGUCAUUGGGUGGUUGUGAAAUUGUGGAUCAUGGAGAACAUAUAAAGAAUUUAGUUGAAAAGGUUAAAGGCCUCAAAAAGAAAGAAGGUUGUAAGGGUCGAAAAAGAUGUAAAAGUUGGGUUGAACAACAAUCAAGGAGAAAGAAAAAAACUUCAACGAAAGAUACUAUUAGACAACAAUUAUCCAAGGAAAACAAUACCUCUUCUCUCAUAAAUUACAAUAACUCUAUCUCACCUGUGCAAUGCUAUUCACAUGAGGAAACUAAUCAGGCACCUAAUUCAAUGGCAUGGAUGACAUAUGAAGGUCUCCAGGGAAAUAGAUGCCAAAACAGUUUCAUUGAAUCAUUAACGGGAAUGGAUGUUGGGUUUGAUCAAGCACAAGUUCCUUUGGGUGACACAACAAAUAAUUAUGAUGCUCACAUGAAUUUUCUUGGUAUGUGAUUUUGAUGCUGCAAAUGCUAUGAAUGUUGUAAAAAAAGAAGAGGAGAUAGGCCUUUGUUAAUGCUGCCAAUGUUACAUUUUUCUUUUGUUAAGAUUGUCCUUGUUGUAAAAGAGAAGAGGGGAUAGGCCAUUGUUAAUGCUGCCAAUGUUACAUUUUUCUUUUGUUAAGAUUGUCCCUUUAUAGAAUAGGGGAUCAGCCUUUGAUAUGUAGCAUUUUCCCUUCUUUAAAACAAUUGUACCUUGUGCAAAGUUGAAACUUCUAGAUUUUAAAUCAA